GCAUGACUGGACAUACCCUUAACAAUACAGAUGACCAACAAAGGACAUUCGAUUCUCAAUUCCACGUGCAGGAGGCACCCAGAAGAAGCUUUGUCUCUGGGAGGACUUCACCUGGCAACACCUCACAUGGAACAGGUAGUAGGAGACGCUGAACUCCCCAGAGGGACUUGUCCAAUCGGAUGGUGAAAGGUAGGACUGGGACAGUGGUCUCCUGCCAGCAGAUGGGCUUUGGGAGGAGCCAAGGGCAUAAAAAGUAACUGUGUCAGAAUGGCCCGGGACUUUUUGAAACUUGCUCUUUACUCAUGGGUUUUUGGAUUGGGGCUUUUUUUGAGAGUCUGCUUUUGCAUUUGAGGCUUGGUGAUUAGAGGGGCUUUUUGAAUCUUAUAUUUGUGCUUUGGCUCCAGCCUCCUGAGGUCUGCUUCUUGUCCUGGCCCUAGCCUGUUUUUGCCCCUUUUUUUUUUUUUUUAACUGAGUGAACUAGGUUGGAAAAUACCUUUGAGAUCAACUAGUGACCUGUGUCCUAACCUAGCACCUCCUCAUCAACUAAACCAUGGCACUGAGUGCCACAUUCCAGGGACAGUGACUCCACCACCUUCUUGGCAGCCAAUUCCAGUGCCCAAUCACUCUUCCCGUGAAGAAUUUUUUUUUUUCUGAUAUCUAAUCUAAACUUUCCCUGGCACAGCUUAAGAUUGUGUCCUCUAGUUCUGUCAAUCCUUGCCUGGAGAAGAGACUGACUACCACCUGACAACAGCCAGGUAGUUGUAGAGAGUGAUAAGGUCUCCCCUAAGCUUCCUUUUCCCGGGCUAAACAACCCCAGCUCCCUCAACUGUUCUUCAUAUGGCUUGUGUUCCAAGUCCUUCAUCAAUCACCCUUGUUGCCCUUGCCUGUGUUCAAAAUCCCUCCUAAACUGAGGGGCCCAGAACUGGACACAGUACUACUCAAGGUGCAGAUGUUCAGUUGUAAUGUAAGUAAGCCUAGUUCUAUGCAGCGGCUCUCUGCACUUAGUGUUUACUUUUUGCAGUCAAUUUUUUACUUCCGUUGGUAGCUUGCACCUAUUGCUUCUAUCUCCACGCGAACGCUAGGUCAGAGGGAAAGAGUAUUGCGCUUUACCUAGUGCUCUGCCAGUGUCAUUUUCUUUUUUUCCCUUGCACGUUCGGGACCGCGGCCACUGAGGGCUGGGCUGCCCCGCCCCUGCUCUGCGCAGGCGCGGGGCGCGCGGGCCGCCGGGAGCCGCGCGGUUUGAAGGCACAGCCAUGGCGGGAGUGACCCGGGAUGCGGCCCCGGCUUCGGCCCCGGCGUGGUCCCAGGACAGCGACGGAGGCUUCGGCGAGGUGGAUAUCCGCACUCUGCUCCGCCUGAAGGACCGAAUGAAGGAGCAGCUCAUAGAGUACAACACGGCUGUUCUUGCCAGUCAGGAAAAUUUCCUUGAUCAAGGAAUUGAAGAAAACUUUAUCCAGAGUGCCACACGGGAUUUGGAAAGAGAUCUAGAAGAAGCCAAAGUGUCUUUCCAGAACAAGACAUUGGCCUUGCAAAGGAUCCAAAUUAUGGAUGCCCUAAGAAACAAAUUGAAACAAGAGGAUGAGGACUCACGGUAUGCAACUGUUUCCUUCCUUAGUCUGAUCAUGGAAACAAUGAAACACAUAGUAUUGCUCAGCCGGACAAUAAUUGACUACCAGCAGCAAGUAUGUCAGAAGGAACAGCAGCUGAUUGACAUUAAAAGGAAAAGACUCUCACUAAAAAAAAAUGGAGGACAGAAACUACAGCAAAUUCAUACCAUGAUGAAAAAGCCAAAGGAGGAACAAGCAAGAGUGAAUGUAACUGAAAAAGAGAAGAUGCUUGCUAAAUUAGAAAAAGAAAGACAGAUGACUACAAUUAUUCAAAAUGUGUUCCAGAACAUCAUUAUUGGAAGCAGAGUUAACUGGGCAGAAGAUCCAUCUUUAAAGGCAAUUGUUCUACGGCUUGAAAAAAAUGUGUAACUUCAGUGAGUCCGGAGACGUGGUGUUUAUUUGCUACAGUGUUUAUUUUCUUCAGUGCAUUUUAACUAAACUUGAUAGAUUAUAUUUAUCUCAAAAACAAACUUAAAGAAUUUAAAAAUUUUACCUUUCUGGAAGAUGUUGUUCUCUCCAGAGAAUUAGAAUGUGUCAAAGCAGACAGUAGAGCUGGUUAAAUUACCUGAAGACUCGCUUCUCAAGCUGUCCUGUCUGAAGCACUUAUUUUCCUCUGAAAGGCAGCAAGAACACAAGACAAGUUUCAAGGUUUCAUGUAGAAGCAGACUUAAACUGAGGAUUUGCUGUACCCCUUUCCUGGGGACCAGCAGGCCAUAGAGCUCAAGCAGGAUGCACGACCCUGCUCAGUCCCAGUAAAAAGCUCAAUCAGGAAAAUUUAUUAAUAAGUCUGGAGUUGGGAUUAUUUUUUGUUUUUAAGGCAUUAUGUAUCAUUUUAAACACCAGAAACUUUAUGCUUUCCUUAGCAGUUACUCUCACUAUGAGAUGACUUCAUACUGUCAGCUGUGCAGCUAAGCAGUAUUUUAAUUCCACGUCUUCAUUAGCAUUUGCGCUUUUUUUAGUUGGUGUUGUUUGAUGUUUGAUGUUUGAAGGAAAUCGACUCUUGGGUUGACUACACACUUUAGGAGUGUGUAGUGUCCCUGUUAUCUUGGUGUCUAACUUCAUUUUUAACUUGGUGAGUGAUCACUAGCUAUUUUUUGAAGGUGGAUGCCUUAAUCUAAUAAUAAAAAUAAAACGCUGA